GUGAAUCCUCGGCCACACCCAUCUGGUGCUCACGUGAUCACCCUCCAGCUCAUCUCCGGCUUCUCCCACCAGAACUCCUCAGUGCAGAUCUCACCGGAGAGGAAACGUGUGAGUCUAUGAGCCGCAUGCGGAGACCUCAAUGCCUUUCUCGGAGUCGCCCUUCGGGUGCUGCUUCCUUGAUGCCCUCUUCUACCUGAGUUGUGUCCUCCUCUUUCCAUCUUACUGGUUCAUCGAUCGCCUUCUGUCCUGCGUGGUCCUGACCAGCGUUGAGUGCUCUGGUGUCGCCCGGAGGGUCCUAUGCAUCAUAUUUGGGGUCCCGCUCUUCCUACUUCUCUUCGUGCUCUCCCUACCCCUGCUUUUUCUUGGUCUUCUGCUAUGGGCUCCGCUCCACCAAAUUCGACGUCCCUUCAGUUAUCAACGAUGUGCAAUGUCCACGGAUCCUCCAGAGAGAACCAUCACCGGCGGCUGCUCCUUCAUCUUUGUCAGCGCCAAUCUCUGUCUUCUGCCGGACGGCUUGGCCCGUUUCAGUAACCUGAGCCACACGCAGCGGCGUGUCACUGCCAUCUCCAAGCUGCUGUGUGCUCCUCCAGAGCGGGCACAGGAGAAUGGCGUGGACUCCCUACCCAUCUAUACCGAGGACAUCCUACCCAUGAUAGAGAGGCCUCAGAAGGUCACCGGGGGUGGAGAAGAAGACUGCCUGUUUGAGGUCUCAGUGGAUUUCCCGCAGGACCCUGACUUUAUAUGUCUACAGGAAGUGUUUGAUGGACGAGCGUCACGGAAACUGCGCCGGUGCCUUGGCUCCUCCUACCCUUAUAUCUUGUAUGAUGUGGGGCCCACGGGACCUCAUUGUUGUGGCUUCAAGUUCUUCAACAGCGGACUAUUCCUGGCCAGCAGGCACCCUCUACUCAAUGCCAAGUACUAUAUCUACCCGAAUGGGCGAGGGGAGGACGCCCUGGCCUCUAAAGGCCUCCUGUGUGUUAAGGUCCACCUGGGAAGCACAGAACAGAAGCAAAGCAUUGUGGGAUAUAUAAACUGCACACACCUCCACGCUCCAGAGAGUGAUGCCGCCAUACGCUGUGACCAGAUGUCCCUCAUCCUGCAGUGGGUAUCUGACUUCCAGGCGGAGAACUCUCAGGACGGGGAACUUGUCGCCUUCGAUGUUCUCUGUGGAGAUCUGAACUUUGACAACUGCUCCUCAGUCAUACAUUCUGAUACAGAAGCAUGUCACCUGCAGUCACAUGACCCCUGUGACAUCAUCGAUCUUGGAUGUAGCAGAGACGAUUGCCUGGAGCAGAAGCACAAGUUAUUCUCCAUGUAUAGUGAUCCCUGCAGGGACUGUGCAGGGCGAGACCGGCCCGGGGCCAUGGGGACCCUCCUCAGGCAGGAGCUCCUGUACCAUGAAGCGGUGAACACGCCGGCCAGGCUGAAGAGCACCCUCUUGUCAGACAGUGAGCGGCAGAUUUACGUGGCUUCACCGUUACCUCAGGACGAGAGUGGAGAACACUGGACAGGGCGACGGAUCGACUACAUUAUGUACAGGGAGGCGGAUUCUCUGCUCCCAGUGGUUGUAGACAAGUUCCAGUUCAUCACACGUCUGGCCGGCCUCUCGGAUCACAUCCCUGUGUCACUGCACAUGUCCUCCUCGCUCCCGGAGAGCACCGCCCUAUGAUAGGCGGGGGACCACAGAUACCUCACGGACACCGGGGCCCCCUGUUACACCAUUUGCAAAUAGUUCUAACAAUAAAAUAAAAUAUUUUUGAUAC